AUGUCUGCAGCAGGAGAUGGAUCGCCCAGGAGGGAUUCGCACAUGAGUGCGCCAUUGACGGCGCAGUCUUUAGCUCAGUCUCAGAAAACUACUGCAGAACCAAGCCGUUCAACCGUUCCCCCAGGGAACUUGCAUCUGCCGCUUACCGGUCCCACCUCUUCCUCUCCGCCCACUCGAGAGGGCCCUGCCUUUUCUCCCUCCGCCUUAUCCGAACCUCCGUCCGAAAUCUUCAGUCCAGCAUCCACGGACAGGGUCUUUCCCAUUCGAUCGGUGGUCUCCGUUGAUCCCUACCAGACCCCUGCGGUUCGCUCCGAGCAGAGCGGCAGCUUCACAGACGGAUUUCCCUUUGGUUCCGUUCGCAAUAACGAUGCUCGGAGAGAUUCGGUCGAUAGCAUCGCCCAAAGCCGCAUCUCCGAUCUCUCGUCGCAACCAGAAGGCCGACCUGGAAGACAUGGCACGCCCUCGGUCAGUCACACGCCGCAGGACGCCACCUCUGCCGCCGCUAGUCGACAGGCCAGCAAGCGCAGGCCCACCGCGAGCUCAGCUACAAUCGACAUUAAGCAGCUGCGCUUGUUCAGCGAGGGUGGCUCGACGGGGAAGUCGGAGACCAACAGUACCAGUGGCCCUGGGCCACUGCGUCCCCAAAGUCCAUCCAUCAAGAGUAUCAAGAGUACCAAGAGUGUCCAUGAUGGGCAGGAUAGCGAGAGCGGCAUGCUUGUGACGUCGAGGUUCAAACACACUGUUGUCGAUGGUGGCCAUGCCGUCAUCACCGGUCGGGGCGGUGAGACCCUGCAGCGUUGCGAGGACGAGCCCAUCCACAUCCCGGGAGCCGUCCAGUCCUUUGGCUUUCUCUUGGCGUUGCAGGAAGAAAGCGAUGGCAGACUUGUCGUGCGAAUCGUCAGCGAAAAUUCGAAACGAUUUAUUGGUUACUCGCCGCGCGAGCUAUUCGACCUGGAAAGUUUUACAGACAUUCUCUCGGAGGAGCAAGCGGACAAUAUGCUCGAUCACGUUGAUUUUGUGCGCGAGGAUGACGCCGAUCCCGCGACCAACGGGCCCGAGGUUUUUACCAUGUCCAUCCGGCCGCCCGGGCAGCGGCGAUCCCAAAAGCUCUGGUGUGCAAUGCACGUGAACGAGCGUCACCCGGAGCUCGUCAUUUGCGAAUUUGAGCUCGAGGACGACACCCUCUAUCCUCUUGUUCCAGCGGGUGAGCCGGGCUUAGAAGGACCCGAGGACACCCUCAACAGCCAACCUAACCCCGAAGAAUAUGCCGAAAGUACAGAGACGCUGAGCAAGCCGCUCCGGAUCCUUCGAAGCGCGCGGAAGCGCAAGAGUGAAGCCGCUGCCAUGGAGGUGUUCAACAUCAUGUCCCAGAUCCAAGAACAGCUGUCAGCCGCACCCACUCUUGAGAGGCUGCUCAAGGUGCUUGUGGGCGUCGUCAAGGAAUUAACGGGAUUUCAUCGCGUCAUGAUUUACCAAUUCGACCAGGCAUGGAAUGGUAAAGUCGUCACCGAAUUGGUGGAUCCACGAGCGACGCUCGAUCUGUACAAUGGCCUCCAUUUCCCCGCCUCAGAUAUUCCAAAACAGGCCCGAGACCUCUACAAGAUCAACAAGGUGCGGCUUUUGUACGACCGUGAGCAGGUCACGGCGCGGCUCGUUUGUCGAACGGUUGCCGACCUGGAGACCCCGCUCGACAUGACCUAUGCAUACCUGCGCGCCAUGUCGCCGAUUCACAUCAAAUACUUGGCUAACAUGGGCGUGAGGGCUUCCAUGUCCAUUUCGAUCAAUGCAUUCAAUGAACUUUGGGGCCUCAUCUCCUGCCAUUCGUACGGAUCUCAGGGCAUGAGGGUGUCUUUUCCUAUUCGGAAAAUGUGCCGGUUGAUUGGAGAUUCCGUCUCUCGAAACAUUGAGCGGCUUUCCUAUGCCUCUCGUCUCCAAGCGCGGAAGCUGAUCAAUACCGUCUCAACGCCCUCCAAUCCCUCUGGAUACAUAAUCGCCUCCUCUGAGGACUUGCUUAAUCUGUUCGACGCCGACCUGGGCCUGCUUUCGAUCAGGGACGAGACAAAGAUUCUGGGAAAGCUGGAGCAGCCGCAAGAAGCGUUGGCCCUCUUGGAAUAUCUCCGCAUGCGAAAGUUUACCUCUGUGAUGACCUCGCAAGAUAUUCGAGAAGACUUUCCGGAUCUGAGGUAUCCUCCAGGCUUCCAGUUCAUAGCAGGUCUCCUCUUUGUGCCUUUGUCGAUUGGCGGGCUUGAUUUUAUUGUGUUCUUCCGUAAAGCUCAAGUCAAACAUGUGAAAUGGGCCGGGAACCCCUAUGACAAGGUCAUUAAAGAAGGCACCGAAGGUUACCUUGAGCCCCGGACAAGCUUCAAAACAUGGAGCGAGACGGUCGUUGGCAAAUGCCGUGAAUGGUCCGAGGAACAGAUUGAGACCGCCGCCGUGCUUUGCCUAGUGUAUGGUAAAUUUAUUGAUGUUUGGCGACAAAAGGAGGCGGCAUUGCAAACCAGCGAACUCACGCGACUCCUCCUUGCCAAUUCGGCGCACGAAGUUCGAACACCGCUCAAUGCCAUCAUCAAUUAUCUCGAAAUAGCACUCGAAGGUGCCAUUGACAGCGAAACACGGGAAUAUCUCGCAAAGUCGCAUUCGGCUUCUAAAUCUCUCAUUUACGUCAUCAAUGAUUUACUCGACCUGACCAAAGCAGAGGAAGGGCAUAACCUUGUCAAAUUUGAGCCGUUGGAUUUGAUCUUCACGAUUCGGGAGGCAUUUGAAAUGUUCCAGGGAGAUGCAAAACGCAAACAGAUUGACUACCAAUUGGUGGAGCAUCCGGGCUUGCCGACCAAAGUCAUUGGGGACCAACGGAAGAUUCGACAAGCGAUUUCGAAUAUAAUCGCCAAUGCGAUACAACAUACUACCGAAGGAUUUGUGCGCAUAGAGGCAUGGCCUACAAGAUUCGAAGAGGGCAAGGCUGAAGUAGAAAUCUCGGUCGAAGACUCUGGAGUUGGCAUGUCAGUUGAUAAGCUUGACACUUUAUUCACUGAACUGGAGCAAGUGCAGGCCGGCGGCGAUGGGUCUAUUGGCGAUGCUUUGGCCCCGAGUUCCAAGGCACUUGUACAAGAUUCGCUGUCAAAGAAGACCCUCGGAUUGGGCCUGGCGGUUGUGUCGCGAACAAUUCGUAACAUGAAUGGGCAGUUGAGGGUGAAGUCGGAAGAGGGCAAGGGUUCCCGGUUUGUGAUCCAGCUCCUGUUCGAUCUCCCGGAAGAACAAAAGACUCCUCCAGCAUUGACACAGGCUGGUGAAAAAGCUCCAGAGCCUCGUCGUGUUUCGGAGGCUUCGCCUUCCCCUGCUCCCGUAGAGGGUGAAUUGUUGCUUGUGGAUAGAGGUGCUGCUGCCAACACUGUUGGCCCGUCACGCUCUCUACCAAGGGAUAUUUCCAUGGCUCGAAAGGAUAGUAACGACAGCGUAGCAAGCCGGAAGAGUCUUCGCAGCCUCGAGAGUACAAAAAGCUUUAUGAGCGCAAUGAGUGUCAGAAGUGGAAGUGGAAAGAGUGACGUCGAAAGAUUGAUUGACGCCAUUCAAGAACCAACCGUGGUCAGCCCAAAGGCGAAAUCAACGACUCAUGGCGUUCAAGGUGAACCGACAGAGUCACAUCUCUCAGUACCCAAUGCCCCCAGUCGCUCAGCGAGGCGCACAAACUCUCGGCCGGAAAGUGGGUCAGAGGCCGCGUUGCGUCAAGUCCUCGGAGAUAAGCCUGGAGAAGCUCCUGUCACGGGCUCGAGAGUGCCGGUCAAGCCCGUGAGAAUGCCGGAUGAAGACUUUUCGUCAGCAACUAGUUCUGGGCAGAUAGCAGAAAAGCGGAACUCCAGAGUAUCGUUUGAUGUGUCAGAAGAGUCAAAGAAGCUGGAAGCGCCUCCUCUGGACACUAGCCAUCUCAAUGUUUUGGUUGCGGAAGACGACCCGGUCAAUAGCAAAAUCGUCAAGAAGCGUCUUGAGAAAUUGGGUCAUGAAGUUUACCUUACCGUCAAUGGUGAGGAGUGUGCUGGAACAUAUGGAGAGAAGCCAGGCUUUUUCGACGUGGUGCUCAUGGAUAUGCAAAUGCCAAUCGUUGAUGGUCUCACCUCCACCAAAAUGAUUCGAUCGUUUGAGAAGACACAUGCAUCCAACAUACUUUCAGCCCGGGCCUCUCUCAAUGGGCGAGUUCCCAUUUUUGCAGUGUCGGCAUCACUUGUUGAAAAGGAUCGUCACAUAUACACCGAGGCUGGAUUCGACGGUUGGAUUCUCAAGCCCAUUGAUUUCAAACGGCUAAGCGUAUUGUUUGAGGGUAUCGGUAAUGACGAGGCUCGAAACGCAGCGUUGUAUGAAGCUGGUGAAUGGGAAAGAGGUGGCUGGUUCGUGGAGCGUCAACCAGACCUCUUUGCCGCAAAGACUGCUCCUUCAGAUCGCGAAUCAGCUGCCUUUAAAGAGACCUCGUCCAAGGAAGAGGACAAGAAGCAGGUUGAGCAGGCUAUUUCAGGUUCUGGUCAUGAACCAAACCGAACAUGA